AUGAUCACAGACGACCAGCUUUAUCAGUUUGUUACUACCCUUGGCGUGUUGAUGUUUGCAUUAAUCGUCCUAUACAGUUACUUGGGACGCCAACGUUCUUAA